CUCUAAUGCGGUGGAAGGUUCGAACUCAGCAGCUCGUGCCCAACCCCACUACUGGACACUGAGAAAUUGCUUCUCCAUGCAUCAUCACAAUUCACCAUUUCAUUUACCAUUCACCGUCAUUUGCACACAAACACCUUCUGAAACCAACAAAUCUCCUCAUCGCCGUUCUGCUAUGCUCAUGUAAUAAGCAUCACGAUGGCCAUCAACUACUUGAUCCUGCUCAGUCGGCAGGGCAAGGUGCGCCUGGCCAAGUGGUUCACCACCUUAUCUCCUAAAGACAAGGCGAAGAUUGUCAAGGACGUUUCUCAACUUGUCCUUGCCAGACGAACUCGCAUGUGCAAUUUCCUCGAAUACAAAGAUACCAAGAUUGUCUACCGCCGCUAUGCUUCACUGUUUUUCAUCGCCGGUUGUUCCUCCGAUGACAAUGAGUUGAUCACUCUCGAGAUUAUUCAUCGAUACGUUGAACAGAUGGACAAAUACUACGGCAACGUCUGCGAGCUCGACAUCAUAUUCUCAUUUACCAAGGCAUAUUACAUAUUGGACGAGAUAUUACUGGCAGGGGAACUCCAGGAGAGCAGCAAAAAGAACGUUCUGCGGUGUAUAAACCAACAAGAUUCUCUCGAGGAUAUGGAGGCACGGCGCUACGGGUUCCAACGGGAUAAAUUUAUCAAUCAGACACUUUGCAUUUGGGAGUAUGCUUAUAUUCUAUUGUCUUUACAGGUCACUGAAGAAAUCGAGAGCGCUCUGAAAGAAGCCGGGAUUAUGUGAUCGAAGCUGUCGAAUCGCCAAUAUUGGAAGAGCCACGUUUCGACUUUCAACUGUUUGAAUGUAAGACUCUGGCUUGAAGUGACACUGCCUAUAUGCUGUUCCCUCUACUUUCAACCGCCAUUCUCGACGUCUUUGUUGUCAAUCAAAUCGGCAAAUCCUAGGAUCGACACUCUCCCGGUAUAUGAUCUCAUCAUGUUUU